UCGUUUGCAGUCGACGAACUUCGUCUUGCUUCGCUGCCAGUCUUUUGAACACUUUGCAUUUGUCGUGGUUUUUAAUCGAAAAUGUUUGCGGCGGCGGUAAGAUGUAGGAAAACGUUUUCUCGCCAAAUUUUUGUGAAUAUCUGUAGAAAUUCCUUGAGAAAAAAAUUAUUAAAAAAGGAAUUCAAUAGUGAAAAAUUUUUGAAAAUUAAAGAAGACUAAGGAAAAGUUGAGAUAAAGCCAAUUGAAAUCGUUAAUGAAUGGGUAAAUAUAAAAGUGAUUUAUGUAUGUAUUUGGUGUAAAGUGAAACAUUAAAUAAAGUUAUCGAGCCAAAUUGUGGCGCGGUAAGCGGGCACAGCUAAUUUGCACAGAAAUCUAAAGAAUAUACUAAAAACUACGAAGAAAGUGAACUUUGUUGGAAAAAAUCUGUAUUCCAUAGCUGAGCUGAGAUAGAAAACAAAGGCCAAUUUAAAAUUGGUUUUUUUCGCAUUUGCUGACGGUGCUGAUAAUUCAGAAGCAAAGGUUGUAGAAAAAGUUACCAAACUCCAAUUUCCAAUUUGUUUUCUGUGAACCGACGUUCGCGCUCAGCGCAAUGAGAAAACAACGCAGCAGCAGUUACUUUUCUGAACAACAAAAGCCGCAGAAAUUCCAUAAAGAUAAAUAUCAACAAAAUAAUCCACUAAUAUAUACAUUUCAAAAAAAGGAGUCGAGAAUUCAAGAAAGGGAAGUUAACUUUCAACCUUUUGAUAGUUAAGCGAAGUAUCAGAAAAUACCACAUACAUUCGGAAAGCGUACAAUAAAACGGUGUCGCUGGCUUUCCCUUAAUAUAUAAAUACAUAUAUAUAUAUAUUUAUAUAUAUAUAUAUAUAUUAAAUUCGUUAAACGUCAUCAAACUACUGCAUACAGUACGUAUUGAGAACGACGACAUUUAACUGCAGAAAUUGCAACCAAAAUGAUGAAACGUACGCGUGUGGAUGAAGUCCAAUAUGGCACGCGACCUGGCCCUGGUGGAGUGGGCGGCAGUGGCGGUGGAGGUGGUGGUGGAGUCACUGGCGGUGGUAUUGUGGGCACGUCCAACCCUGGCAACACUGUGAAUCUUGGAAAUGUUGUCCCUGGUAGCCACGGUAGUGCCAAUUUAAGUGUUGGACUAUCUGGAGGUAUCGCUGGCGGGUCCAUGCCCCAUCACCGACUUUUAACACCGCAACAUGGCGGUGCCCAAACGAUUGCUUACUUGCCAUCGACAACACCAGCAUCGGCCAAUUUGAAAAAUACUGGCGGACUAGUGGAUAGUAGUAGCAGCGGUGCAACAAGUCACGGUAGUGGUGGCAACAGCGGCGGCAGUACAGUGCAGUUAACUGGAGGAACAGUUGUUACCUCUGGCGGUGGAGUUGCGGGCACGGGCAAUGCAGGAACCGUUCCCACACAGGCUGUGCAGUAUUCAACUUCCUACAAUGUGUCCUCCGUAUCUUCCAGUGGCGGUGGUAAUUUGAAAACUACAUCAGAUGGACCCGUGCAAAUUCACGUGUCGGGAAGCGCUGUGACUAAUAUGUCGAAUUCUGGAUCUCAGCAAAAUUCUCUGCGAACUCGCACCAUUAGCUCCUCUCAGAAUAUCUCUGUUAGCGGCGGUGGAGGCCCAUUGACGGCGGCGCCUCCAACUUUGACAGUGCAGCAAGCAGCACCACCCCCACCAACACCGAGUCAACAAGGUCCUCCACAACCUGGUCAGCCAGGUGCACCUCCACGUCUUAAGGUUGAGGACGCUCUGAGUUAUUUGGAUCAAGUGAAGUUUCAAUAUGCUGAUCAGCCACAGAUCUACAAUAAUUUUUUGGACAUAAUGAAAGAAUUCAAAUCACAUUGUAUUGAUACACCCGGAGUUAUACAGCGAGUAUCUACCCUGUUUAAAGGUCAUACAGAAUUAAUUUACGGCUUUAAUAUGUUUCUACCAGCGGGUUAUAAAAUUGAAAUACACUCGGACGAGUUGGGCGUUUCUAUUCCUGUGGUAUCUAUGCCAUCAGCUUCACCGACAAGCCUACAUGGCGGUCUGCAAAAUAUCACUGGCACCGGCUCCUCAACCAUUCAAACUCCCUUAAUCAGAGGCAGCGCUUCAAAUCAGAGUAAUGCUAGUAACGCUUCUAGCAGCUUAGAUCAUCAUCAAUUACAAGGCAAUACAAGCAGCAGUGGUGGGGGGGCUGUCAAUCUUAUGACACAUGGUGGGGCUUCGUUGUCUCAAACAACAAUACAUGCAUUACAGUCGUCAGCUUCUCAACCCUCUCCAAGUGGACCAGCAAUGGCUCAGCAUGCACAUGUUUCCGUAUCACCGGCACCACCGACUGUACCGCAAAUGCAGAACGUGACCGUGGCACCGGUUACGGCAGCACAUUUACCACAAAAUUUUUCCCGAGACCGAGAGCGUGCCACUAUAGCACAAGCCGUGGUCACUAGUAGCGUAGCCGGCGGUCCACCCACACUAAAUGCGCUCGGCGAAUUGAAUCCACAAAUUCACAGCAGCAGCGGCGGUAGUGGUGGUGGGAGUACUGUUGGGAAUGCGCAUCACAAUCUCCACCACAUUUCGCAGGCGCAUCAAUCAAUACUCAUGGGUGAGACAGUUGGUCAACAAAAUCAACCAGUCGAGUUUAAUCAUGCCAUAUCGUAUGUAAAUAAAAUUAAGAAUCGCUUCCAGAAUAAACCAGAAAAAUAUAAAAAAUUCCUCGAAAUUCUACACACUUAUCAAAAAGAACAGAAAGUGAUUAAGGAAGGUAGUCCCAAUCAAGGAAAAACGCUAACCGAGCAAGAAGUCUACACUCAAGUAGCAAAAUUAUUUGGUCAAGACGAAGAUUUACUGCGGGAGUUUGGCCAAUUUCUUCCGGAUGCUACGAAUCACCAAGGCGCCCAAUAUAUGUCUAAAUCGCACAACGACCAUAAACGCGCAAACGUUGGCUCAGUUGGUGGCCCUCUGGGUAGCGGCAGUAGUGGCACAAUAAAUAGUGGAAGCGGUGGUGGUCAUCACAUGUCCUUGCCAUCAGCCUCUGGCUCUCCGUUACAUCUGAAUAGCGGCGCUACAUUGUCACAGAUUGGUAGUAGUACGCAUGCUGCCGUAUUGGGCAAUUUAUCGGCGGUAAAUACCAGUGUAAGCAUUAAAUCGUACAACAAUACGCAGCAACAGUCGCAAAAUCAUGUGAUUAAUACGAGUGCAGUAAGCGGUCGUAGCGGAGAUCUCGUCUACGACAAAGAUUAUCCACAUCAAGUAACCCUACACCCUAGUGGCGGCCCACUUCAUUUAAAGGUGUUACAUGAUGGUGUUGUAAGCAGCGGCGGUGUCCAUCAUGAUUUGAACGCUUCGACAGGGAUACGUAGCUAUGAAAAAGACACGCAUCGCAGCAACCACCAUGCGCUUAGUGGUCUGAAAUAUCCGCAUGCACCUGGAACAAAUGUUGGCGGCGUUUCCAGUCACUCGUCUAAGAAGUCACCAAGCUACAAUUCAGGUAUGGUCUCGUUGGGCGGCGGAGGCAAUACAGCUAUGAGUGGUGGUGCCAUGGAUCGUUCUGGAUUGGGUAUGAACUAUUCACAGCAAGUUCUGGGUGGCACACAUCAUCAUUUGUCGGCAACGCGCCGUCCUGCAAUAGAUGAUGGCGGUAGCGGCAGCGGUGGUGGAGGUCUUGGCAGUGGCCCACCACCGCCUAAAAAGCACAAACCAAUUUGUAAGGACGUAUCAUUUUCGGAAGCUUCGCGCAAGUGUACCAUCUCCGACGCUGCAUUUUUCGAUAAAGUUCGCAAAGCAUUGCGUAAUCCCGAAGUAUAUGACAAUUUCUUGCGUUGUCUGACUCUUUUCAAUCAGGAGAUUGUGUCGAAGACUGAAUUGUUAAAUUUGGUAACGCCAUUCUUGAGUAAAUUCCCCGAUUUACUAAGCGGAUUUACUAAAUUUCUGGGACAACCGGUGACCCAAUUGUCUGCGAGUGGUGCUGGGAGCGGGGGAUCUGGGAUUUUCGGUUUGGAGGAAAUACCCAUGCAGGCAGCGCAUAGGCAAAGUAAUAGUCUUGGUAAUUCUGCAGCACUCAACGAUCGACAAGGUAAUCACCAGGGUGGUGAAUUGGCACAGGAUAUCGAUUUAUCAUCAUGUAAACGACUUGGUGCAUCCUAUUGUGCGCUGCCACAGUCGAUUAUACCGAAGAAAUGUUCUGGACGAACAGCGCUUUGCCGUGAGGUACUAAAUGACAAGUGGGUUUCAUUCCCAACUUGGGCUAGUGAGGAUUCCACAUUUGUGACAUCGCGCAAAACGCAAUUCGAGGAAACAAUUUACAGGAAUAUUCACAGGACGGAAGAUGAACGCUUCGAAUUGGAUGUAGUGAUUGAAACUAAUAGUGCGACAAUCCGUGUUCUCGAGGGUGUGCAGAAGAAAAUGUCACGCAUGUCCCCAGAGGAUUUGGGCCGAUUUUAUUUGGACGAUUACUUGGGUGGCACUUCGCAGACGAUACAUCAACGCGCUAUACAUCGCAUAUACGGUGACAAAGCGGGAGAAAUAAUACAAGGUCUAAAGAAAAAUCCUUCCGUAGCAGUGCCAAUCGUACUGAAGCGUUUGAAAGUCAAAGAGGAGGAAUGGCGCGAUGCCCAAAAGGCCUUCAAUAAGGUGUGGCGUGAACAAAAUGAGAAGUAUUACUUGAAGUCACUUGAUCAUCAAGCAAUCAAUUUCAAGCCGAACGAUAUGAAGGCAUUACGCUCCAAAAACUUAUUCAACGAAAUCGAAACGUUAUAUGAUGAGCGCCAUGAUCAAGAUGACGAAAAUGGUGAACCCGUCACUGGACCACAUCUCAUGCUGCCAUAUAAAGAUAAAACUAUACUUGAUGAUGCUGCGAAUUUGUUAAUUCAUCAUGUUAAGCGUCAGACGGGAAUACAAAAACAGGAAAAGACUAAAAUCAAGCAUAUUUUACGACAAUUUGUUCCCGAUCUAUUUUUCUCGUCACGCCAUCCAUUAAGCGACGAUGAACGAGAUGACGAUGACAACGAAAAGAUGGAUGUUGAUUCUCUCGCCACAAGUAGCAGGGGGGAAAUGCAUGCCGCCGGUAGUGGUAUCUGCAAGGGAGGUAGGACGGCAAGUGGUGGGAGCACAUCUAAUACCGAUGCAUCAAGCGGUGCUGGCAGCUCUAAAGCCGAUGGUACUGAUCCCCAUGAUAAAAAUUCAUCAACAAUGACGUCAGCAAGUGGCAAUUUGUUGGAAAAUCUUAAAAGUAGUGAACCAACUGCAACAAUAAGCAUCAGUAAUAGCACCACCUCGACUACCAGUGGGGACGGUAAUAAUGCCGCUCAAUUACCGCCCACAACGUUGUCUGUGGGUGAAAAAGCCCCGUCCUCGAAGGAUUCAAACCCUGCACUUGCUAAGGGGCAAGUAAUCAAUAGCAAUGCUACCGAGGAUGCCAAUAAUGGCAGCGGCAGCAGAACACCAGCUGAGGCAGCAACUAACUCCAACACAGCAGUAGUCACCACAACUACAGUACUAACAUCGACAUCGACUGCGGUAACAACGUCUGAGAAUAAAACCAAAUCGAGUUGUACUGGAAUUAGUACAAGUUCAGGAGACAACAGUGCAGCUGCACAUAAAUGUGAUACUGCACAAGUUGGGACGCCGACUAACGCUACAGCACCAACGACGUUAAAAGGCUCCGCGACGAAGGAGGCAAAUGAAAAAACCAAUUGCACUGCUGCUGAUACCACAACCGCGGUCACAAAUGUUACAUCAACAAGCGCAUCUGCUGCAACUCUGGCUCAGCCCAGCGGAAGUAAUUCUCUUGCUGACAUAAAGGUUGAAAUUAAGGAAGAAAAGCAGGAUAUGGACGUGGAUAUACAAUUGCCACCUCAUGCCAUAAGCAAGCAUUUGGACGAAUCCUACACUCUUUUCUUUGCCAACAACAACUGGUAUUUAUUCUUGCGCCUGCAUACCAUUCUAUGUGAACGCUUGCGAACAAUGUAUGAACGAGCGCAAUUACUGGCCGUCGAAGAGGAGCGCCAUCGCUCAAAGCGUCGCGAAAGCACAGCGACAGCAUUAAGACUGAAACCGAAAUCUGAAAUACAAGUCGAGGAUUACUACCCCACAUUCCUGGACAUGCUUAAGAAUGUACUUGAUGGCAAUAUGGACUCGAAUACAUUCGAGGAUUCAAUGCGUGAAAUGUUCGGUAUACACGCAUACAUAUCCUUUACGCUCGACAAGGUGGUUUCGAAUGCUGUGCGUCAACUACAAAACUGUGUCACUGAACGUGGUGCACUAGAGUGUGUUGAAUUGUUCCAUAAUGAGCAGCGACGCGGCGGUGCAGGUGGUUAUUGUCGCGAUGCGCAUAAGAAUUACGCCAAAGAAUUGGCGUAUCAACGCAAGGCCGAGGCCAGUCUCCAUGAAGAAAACUGCUUCAAAGUGUAUAUUUAUAAAAUUGACUGUCGAGUAACAAUCGAGCUGCUCGAUACCGAAGUAGAAGAUAGCGAAAAACCUGUGAAUAAGGUGAAAUCGUGGAGUAAAUACGUUGAUCGCUUGGUCAAUCCAGGGGCCAAUAGUAUUGUUGGUCAAAAUGCAGUUGGUUCUACGAACUCACCUAGUGCUGGUGUGACCGGUAGUGCGGCUGGUAUUGCCAGUAAUGUAAAUACCUCGAGUAACGCGUCAAAUACGAAUGCAGUGGGCAUAUCGGCAAUAUCAAGUACUGUGUUUGACGCUAACGGUAGCGAAAUUAAAGUGGAACGCAUGGAUGAUGACGCACUGGAUGCGCACAUCACGCGCAAGGCUCGUUUCCUUAAACGUAACAAACGCAUGGCUUGCCUACGUGCCGAACAACAGGCGCGUUUGCAGCAAUUGAAAGCCACUUCAACAGCUAAUGCAUCUGUUGCUGCAUCCACAUCAAACGCUACGGCCGAUGCGCUACGAUCCAGUGUUGUGAGUGGAAGUGCUGGCAGCGGCGGUGCCGCAACACCCGAUAGCGCUUCAUUAUCAACUAAAAACAAUAAUCCACCGACUGUAGGCGCCGGCGAACCACUCUGGACCUGGAACAAACGACCGCCAGAGCGCGUGGGAAGCAUAGUGGUGGGCAGUGGCGCAGAGAAGUAUUUUGUCAAUGACCGCGACGAAAUCAAGUUCAACUCAUCCGGCCGUCAAGUGAUCACAAUUAACAAGAAUCUCCAACUGUUCAAAUGGGACUCAGUGCGGCGCGCAAAACUGUCCCAUUCGUUCGUAACGCAGCGCAAACAGAAACUGUUCCAACGUUUUACACAGAAGUGGUUGGCGGAACAUGUAAGCGAUCAACUGCAACAACAAUGCGCCGAUUGGUUGCUUGGCAAGACAGUGCCAAAUAGCAGUAGUGUAAACUGGGCUUUGAAAACAAAAGUGAUACCACAAAACGAUGUGAAACGCACACCAUAUCGUGUUUACAAUCGUUACAAAGUGACUUUCAGCGGCAGCAGUGGUGGCGCAAACAGCAUUGUCGCCGGUGCCAGUGGCAGUGGCGGUAGCGGCGGCGGUACUAACGCGCCGAUAGCGGACUCUACGCCAGCAACAUCAAUGGCGCCGACAACAUCCCACGGCAAUAGUAGUGUGCAGCCGCCAUCCAACGUUUCGGUCUCGGCUGCAGUAUCAACAUCAUCAGCACCCACAACUCAUAGCAGUGCGAGUGGCGUUGCGGUUACGACAAAAGUGUUAACAUCUUCAACGGAUGUAACUAAAUUGUCCACAGCUGGCAGCAAUAGUGGCUUGGGCAACAACAAUCGGCAGCUAGAAAGUUGAAUUCGUCAGAAGUAUGCGAGCGGCAAUCAGCAGCGUCGACGCUUAGCCAGUCGGGUUCUUGUGGAUUAAUCAAAAAAAAAAU